AUGUCUCCUAGUUUGCUCCCGCAGCCCAUCGUGUCUGAGUCUACAGGGGAGUCGGUAAUGAAGAUGUCGUUGCAAUCGGAAGUCCGAGAGGCAAGCCUGGCCACUGGUGAGAAUCCGGAGCCGUUCCUGUUAGAGACUGAUGCCGAGAGUCAGAUCAUGGAGCCAGUGCACGCCGAAGUUCACGACUUCAUCUACAGGUCCAAGCUGCCUGACAUUGAUAUCCCCAACCAUAUGCCUUUGGCCGACUACUGCCUCGAGAAGUCAUCCCAGUGGCCAGACAAAGUCUGCUUGAUCGAUGGGGUCACAGGAAGAGAGCACAGAUACGGAGAGAUAGAGCUCUCCUCUCGUCGAGUGGCCGCAGGAUUAGACAAAAUCGGAGUGAAGCAGGGUGACGUGAUCGCCUUGCUUCUCCCCAACUGCGCAGAGUUCGUCCUCGUGUUCCUCGGCGCCGCAAAGAGGGGCGCUGUUGUCACCACGGCUAACCCAUUCUACACAGCGGCUGAACUAGAGAAGCAAAUCGAGGCUUCCGGCGCAGGGAUUGUGAUUACCCAGUCCAGCUACAUUGAGAAGCUUGCGGGGUUGAACGUCCAGAUCAUCACUGUCGACCAACAUGUUGCCAAUUGCAUGCACAUUUCGGUUCUUCUGAACGCCUGCGAGGAUGAGUGCCCUCAAGUGAGAAUACACCCUGACGACUUGGUAUGUCUUCCAUAUUCCUCCGGAACCACCGGAUUGCCGAAAGGUGUGAUGCUCACUCACAAGAGCUUGGUCUCCAGCGUGUCCCAGCAAGUCGAUGGCGAAGCACCGAACUUCAACAUCACCGUUGAGGAUACUUUGAUGUGCGUGCUGCCAAUGUUUCACAUCUACUCUUUGAAUUCCAUCCUUCUGUGCGGGUUGAGAGUUGGUGCUACGCUGGUGAUCAUGCCCAAGUUCGAGCUCCCCAAGCUGUUGGACCUUAUCCAAAGGCACAAGGUGACGAUGGGGCCUUUUGUGCCGCCUAUUGUGCUUGCAAUUGCGAAGAACCCCAUCGUCGAGAACUAUGACCUUUCUAGCAUGAGGAUGGUGAUGUCGGGUGCUGCUCCUCUAGGCAGGGAGCUCGAGGACGCUUUCAGAGCUCGCCUGCCUAAUGCUGUUCUAGGCCAGGGCUAUGGAAUGACAGAAGCUGGUCCAGUGUUGGCAAUGUGCUUGGCAUUCGCGAAGACUCCAUUCUCGGUGAAGCCAGGGUCAUGCGGCACAGUAGUCCGGAACGCCGAGGUGAAGAUUGUCGACACGGAGACUGGGAUGUCCUUGCCCUACAACCAACCUGGAGAAAUUUGCAUCCGAGGUCCUCAAAUCAUGAAAGGUUACUUGAAAAACCCUGAGGCAACAGCCAACACAAUCGACAAGGACGGUUUCCUACACACCGGAGAUGUUGCUUUCAUCGACGAGGACGAGGAGAUGUUCAUUGUUGACAGAGUGAAGGAAAUUAUCAAGUUCAAGGGUUUCCAAGUACCCCCUGCCGAAUUAGAAGCACUCUUACUAUCCCAUAAAGAGAUUCAAGAUGCCGCCGUAGUCUCACGCAAGGACGAUGUUGCUGGAGAAGUUCCAGUGGCCUUCGUUGUGCGAGCAACAAGCUCAACAAUCACCGAAGACGAAGUGAAGGAUUACAUUGCGAAGCAAGUCGUGUUCUACAAGAAAAUCCACAAUGUCUACUUCGUAGACUCCGUCCCCAAAUCUCCCUCUGGCAAAAUCUUACGAAAGGAUCUAAGAAACAAAGUAUAGAGCAAUGUAGGGUUUUCUCUUUUAUUUUUAUUUUUAGGUCUAUUCAUUCUUUCAAUCUGCGUGUAUGUAUCUAAAUGUUUGGAGACGAGCAUAACUUAAGCGUGUUAACCUUGAAUAAAUGUCUAUCCUGUAAAUCAUUCACCUCAGGAGCCAGAUCCUGCAACUUAGGGUUUAUAGAGUAGGACGCGAAACGAGCUAGGUGUACAGGCAGACUGGUCCAGCUGAGGAUGGAAUUACGAAUACAAGCGUUUCCCUCUAGAAUUUUUCGUGAGAAAGACUGCGAAAUGUCAUCAACGGGGUGCAAUCGCUAGAUUCAUGAACUGGACUAUUUCACAACAUCAUUUGCAAUACAAUUAGUGUUCCUAACA